AUGAGCACCUCCAGGAUGCUUCGAGAUGCCCACCUUUCGUUUGCUUCGGUUGGUACUACGGCGACGGUCACCACUGCGUCGACCUACGCCUCUUCGUCAGCACCUCUUACCUCUGACGAGCUCCAACGAAUUGCUCAGUUAAUCGAAAACGAUCCACGCAUUCUUAUGGAAGUGGUUGCAAGACUCGACCCGCAGAGCCGUCGCCGACUCGUCGUGGCCGGCGGUGCGAUGGAGUGGUUUGGCAAAGAAAGCGCUGCGCAAGAGGUAGAGAAGGCAGAUGCCGACCAGGACCGUCAGAUCUCGCCAAAAGACUUCGACCACUGGUUCGAGAGUGCCCUCAAGCGGCGGCAGGAAGAGCAGAAAAAGCGCGUGACGGAGGGAAAACAGGUCACCCACGCGGAGAACGGCGUCUCUGCGACCGCCAGCACGGCGCCCUCCGACGUGCCCGUUUCCAAUACGGUGCCGCUGGCGGCGCUCUUCAUGAUCGCACUAGAAGCCGCCCUUCCCUUCGUUGGGUUUGGCUUCCUGGACAACUCCACGAUGAUCUUAGCCGGCGACAUGAUUGACGGUUCACUUGGCUUCUAUCUCAACUGCUCUGUGCUGGCCUCGGCAGCCAUGGGAAACGUCUGCUCGGGGGUGCUGGGCAUGCAGGUGCAUGGGCUGAUUGACAAUACGGUGCAGAAGCUGAACUUGAACACACCUGUGCUUUCAGAGGAACAGCUAAAGGAUCGUCGCGUGUUCCUUGCUGGCCACCUGGGUGGUACCUUGGGCAUCAUGCUGGGCCUUAUCCUCGGGAUGCUGCCACUUCUUUUUCUGGACGGCGACACUAACGAAAAGUCGGACUACGCCAUGUUUCAGCGGUGGGACAUAAACCAUAACGGCUUCGUAGAGCUGCCAGAGUUCGAGAAGGUGCUGCGCGAGCUCGGCCUGCACCAAACCGAUAUCAGAGCAAAGAAUUUGAUAGACAAGUAUGGCGAGAAUAACCGAGUCAACUUUGAGCAGUUUUUACAGAUCAAGGCGGAUCUGCGCGAUGGAAAGCCCAUCUUUGACUAG